UGGCUAAUUCUGCUGGCUGAACCAUCUUCAUCUAUAAGUUUUACUUCAUCUUCCCAUGUAUCUAACGGAUCGAUUAGCUACAAUAUCUCAGCCACUGGUUCUGAGACAGGGUCCAAUCUUGAAAUCAUCAGUUUGAACAAGCUUAGCUGUCAUCUAGAACAGCUUUUGAUUGAUUCUAGUUGUGAUUAUAGUGACGCAGAUAUUGUUGUUGAGGGUGCCCCGGUAGGUGUCCACCGAUGUAUAUUGGCUGCUCGGAGUAAGUUUUUCCAUGAGCUAUUCAAGAAAGAAAAGGGUGAGAAGGAAGGUAAACCAAAGUAUUGUAUGAGUGAUUUGUUGCCUUAUGGUAGGGUGGGCUAUGAGGCCUUCCGUAUUUUCUUAAGUUAUGUGUAUACCGGAAAGUUACAGCCUUUUCCCCCAGAGGUGUCAACAUGUGUUGAUAAUGGAUGUGCUCAUGAUGCGUGCAGACCCGCUAUAGAUUUUGCUGUGGAGAUGAUGUAUGCAUCUUCCAUUUUUCAGGUUCCGGAGCUGGCUUCACUUUUUCAGCGGCGUCUUGUCAACUUUGUUGGCAAGGCUCUUGUGGAAGAUGUCAUCCCAAUCCUUCUUGUUGCCUUCCACUGCCAAUCAAGCCAGCUUCUUGUUCAGUGUGUCGAUAGAGUAGCAAGAUCAGAUAUUGAUAGCAUUUCUCUCGAGAAAGAGCUACCCUUCGAAGUUGCGGAAAAAAUUAAAGUGCUCCGCCUCAAGCCUCAGGAAGACGAUGAAAAUGACAUAACGGUUGUUGACCCCUUACGUGAAAAGAGAAUUAGAAGAAUACACAAGGCACUUGACUCAGAUGAUGUCGAGCUUGUGAAACUUCUAUUAACUGAGUCUGAUAUCACUUUAGAUGAAGCGUAUGCUCUUCACUAUGCUGUUGCCUACUGUGAUCCAAAGGUGGUGUCCGAGGUGCUUGGUUUGGGUCUGGCUAAUGUCAAUCUUCUGAAUCCUCGGGGUUACACGGUGCUUCAUAUUGCUGCAAUGCGUAAAGAGCCAUCAAUAAUAGUAUCCCUUCUGACAAAAAGAGCUCGGGCAUCAGAAACAACAUUGGAUGGGCGUAGUGCUGUUAGUAUUUGCCGGAGAUUAACGAGGCCAAAGGAUUAUCACGCGAAAACAGAGCAGGGACAGGAAGCAAACAAAGACCGGAUAUGCAUUGAUGUUUUGGACAGAGAGAUGUGGAGGAAUCCAAUGGUUGGAGAUGUAUCAAUGUCUUCCCCAACAGUGGCUGAUGAUCUGCACAUGAAGCUGCUAUACUUAGAAAACAGAGUUGCAUUUGCAAAAUUAUUCUUCCCUACCGAAGCUAAGCUAGCCAUGGAUAUUGCACAUGCUGAGACAUCUGAGUUUGCCGGUCGUUUGGUGUCGAGAGGUUCAAAUGGGAACUUGAGGGAGGUUGAUUUGAACGAAACACCCCUAAUGCAGAACAAAAGGCUCCUCUCAAGAAUGCAGACUCUUUCAAAAACAGUGGAAAUGGGUCGACGUUACUUCCCACAUUGCUCAGAGGUGUUGGAUAAGUUCAUGGAGGACGACCUACCUGAUUUGUUUUACCUAGAGAAGGGGACUCCAGAGGAGCAGUUAAUUAAGAGGAAGCGCUUUGUAGAGCUCAAGGAAGACGUUCAGAAGGCAUUUAACAAGGACAAGGCCGAGCUUCACCGUUCUGGUUUCUCUUCCUCGUCAUCCUCAUCUUCUCUGAGAAACGGUGUAAGUUCCAAAUUUAGAAAAUUGUGUUGAUAUGACAAAUGUCUCUAUUAAGUUUAACAACAUAUAUAUGUUCCCGGUUUUGACGAUAGUUAUAGUGAGAGCCAGUUAAGUAUGGGCUCAAUUUGUGUAAUAUCUUUAGAAGAGCAAAGUUAGCUCCAUAAAACACCCCUUGUGUAAUUGAGCUUGGAAAUUCACUUGCAAUUACUAUUUAUAGGGAAAUGAUUUGCUUUUAUCAGCUGAGUUUGGUUGCUGGACCGACUAA